CGUAUCGAUUCCUUUCGUAGCCGCCUCAUCCCUCUACCGCCCAAGUCCUGCGAACCCAGCCAGCAGCGCGACCAUCACCGCCACGCCGGCCACUGCGGCCCAGCAAACGCGUAGCAUGCACCGCAAACUUGUCAUCAUCGGCUCCGGCCCAGCAGGCCACACUGCCGCCAUCUACGCCUCCCGCGCCGACCUCCAACCCAUCCUAUACGAAGGUUUCCUCGCGCUAGGCAUAGCCGCCGGUGGACAGUUGACCACCACCGACGAAGUCGAAAACUACCCCGGGUAUAAAUACAUCAAGGGCUCGGAGCUCAUGGACAACAUGCGCGCCCAGAGUGAGGCCUGCGGCACCGAGAUCGUAAGCCAAACGGUCGGCAAGGUGGACCUGAGCAAGCGGCCCUUCAAGUACUGGCUGCAUCCUAUGGGUGACGAGGAGACUUUGGAGGAGGAGACGCACACCGCUGAUGCGAUCGUAAUCGCCACGGGAGCGAAGGCAAGAAGACUGGACCUGGCAGGUGAAGAAAAGUAUUGGGGCAAUGGUGUGUCAGCUUGCGCGGUAUGCGAUGGCUCAUUGCCGAUCUUCCGAGAGAAGCCGCUAGUGGUGAUCGGUGGCGGCGAUAGCGCGGUGGAGGAGGCGUCAUAUCUUGCAAAGAAGGCGAGCAAGGUGACCGUGCUGGUGCGGCGAGAUGUGCUGCGCGCGAGCAAGGCGAAUGCGCGGCGCUUGUCGUCGAACCCGAAGAUAGAAGUUCAGUACAACACACAAGGUGUGGAGGUUAAGGGCGAUGAGGGUCCAAGAGGUCUGAUGAGGAGUCUCGUCAUCAAGAACAGUAGGACCGGCAAAACUGAGGAGAUUCCGGCGAACGGUUUGUUCUACGCUGUUGGGCACGAGCCUGCAACUCACCUCUUCAACAACCAGCUGAAGAUGGACGAGGAUGGGUAUCUUAUCACCACACCCGGAACGACAGAGACGAGUGUGCCCGGUGUCUUCGCGGCGGGCGAUGUGCAAGACAAGAAGUAUCGGCAGGCUAUUACCUCAGCAGGCUCUGGCUGCAUGGCAGCGCUCGAAGCUGAGAAGUUCCUUGCUGAGCAGGACGAUGUUGAUGUGCCCAACGGCAUCGACGGCGAGACGCAGGUGAAGAAGGGCAAGCCGGAGGCGAAUGGCGAUGUACCGGAGUAUAAAGAGAAUCCGUUAUUGUAAGAGCGAAGAUACCCAACCCUUGCCUACUUUGGAUCCUUGGGCGCUGAUUAAUGGCUUCAGAGUCGAUAGAACAAGGUCAUAGAAGGGCCGUGGAAGUAUCUGAUAUGUGGAAUAUUUAUACAUACCUGACCAAUGUCAUGCGGACGGCUUAGAAUCCGGAUCUGCUGGGCUUGGGUUGUGAGGGAUUCUGUCCUGCCCGUAGCGGAGCAAUGAUUGCAGGGUAUCUUGCAUACAUAGAAUCAACGCUUGAACGCUUUCAAACCCGUACAAUGUGUCUCUGACGGGUUUGCUUCAGUCAUUG